CUACACGUGUGUCGUGAGUUAUGGUUUAGAACAAGAACAAGGAGUCAAAAUAGAAGUUGCAGCCGUUCCCAUGGUGACGAUAAGUAGCUCUAAGGAGAACCUGUGCUGCUCAGUGAGUGGGUUCUACCCUGUGGAUAUUGGGGUAACUUGGCUCAGAGACGGGGAGCCCAUACCCCAUUCCUCUAAUAUAGACAAAGCCAUAAGGACAUGGAGUAAUGCAGACGGCACCUACACACUGAACAACUCACUGAGUGUGGCCCCUGGGGGAGGCCAGAGAGAGGGGACUUACUCCUGCCAAGUGGAACACAAGUCCCUGCCGGAGCCUCUUCUCAAGGAUCUCCAGUUGGUCUAUAGAGAUUUCCAGAGGUUCCGGGUGAGUCACAUACACAGGAGCCAGACGGUGGAAGGGGAGAAGGUGACUCUGUACUGUGUGGCCUCUGACUGCCCUAAGGGCCCCCGGGUGAUAUGGUCAGUGCAGGGGCAUGAUGGGAAGAAGACGGAGGUAGCAGAGGAUGAGGCCCAGGCAGAAGGAGAAGGGAAGAUGUUGCUGGGCCAGGAAUUCACUGUAAGAACAGACAGAACAGGGACAGGUGGGAGACACAAUGUCACCUCCUCCCUCAGCUUCACCCCCGAUGUAUCAGCGCACAAGGAUAUGGUCGUGUUCUGCAAGUUUGUCUGUGAUGGAAAAGCCAAAGAGGAACAACUAAACUGUUCCUUCAUCUUAGUGAAGCCCAAGGACUGUAUAAAGCUUUCCCUGAGUGCCUCCGGAGAGGUUCUGAGCCGCCUGACCCUGCAGGAGUUUUACCCCAGAGGGAUCCAGAUCAGAUGGAGCUGCGGAGUUGGUUACUACCAGGAACUGGAAUCCAUCAAUGAAAGAUUUACUCCCAAUUCUAACUAUACUUACAAUACUGAGAGUGAGUGUAAGAUCCUGGGGCAACUCUUCAUAGACCCAGGAUUCAAAGUGCGAGUGACCUGGAACCAACAAUCCGGCGCCGGGCAGGGGUCCCGGGAGUUCUCUGCCAGGGAUCCAGAAUUCCCCUGGUGCCCAUGGAUGGAAGAAAUAAUAAAACCUGCAUUAAAACACAACUCAGAGGGCAGAUUCCAGUGUAAGAUCCGGGGGUAUUUCCCUAAAGCUCUGGAGGUGAAAUGGCUGAGGAGAGAAGCAGGGGGGCAGGAAUUAUUCUCUGUGUCUCCCAGUGAGAAAUACAAGAUCCCAGAGAUGGAGCAGAAGAGAGAAGCUGAUGGGACCUUCUCCUGCACAGCCGCCCUCAUUGUCUCUGUGUCGGGCAAAAGUGACAAUGGAGCAGAAUUUAUCUGCCGGGUGGGGCACCCCAGUCUGGGGGAACCCCUAGAGAGAAGCACCGGGGCCCUCAGUGUGGGAGGGGUCCCAGUUGUGAGGGGCUGCACCCAGAGGGACAGAUACAUCAUCAUGGAAAUAGAUCAGUUCUACCCACAGGGCAUUGGGGUUACCUGGCUCAGAGCUGUUGGGGAGCCAAAGGAUUAUAAGCCGAUCCCUGAUGCUGAUGUACAGAAUAAACUAUUUCCAAACAGUGACGGCACCUACAGACUCACCAGUAUCUGUGAGGGAAUGGGACUGAUGGAUCUGAUGAAUACAAAUGAUUUCUACAUCACUGCUCGGGUGCAACACGAGGCGCUGAACCCCCCAAUCCAGAUGGACUUCCUAAAGGAGAGAGGUAACCCCCAAACCCCUGUACUUUCCCCCAUACACAUGUGGGGUUACUUGGGAUUUCUGCCAUUUACACAAAUAUCUGUCACUUUAUAACAACCUGCCCCUAUGGUGCCUCUUUACCCCUAUUUACACCUCAGCAGGGUAACAAAC